AUGAAUUUUCCCCAUCUCCCACAAGGAAAUCCGACAGAUCUGCUUUAUUUCGAUUCAUGGGAAAGUGUAAUCAUCAUAUAGAAAAAAUGACUAUCAAUAUUAUACUAUUUUACAUUAGUAGGAAUCUGAAUGGGAACUAUUUUCUUAACUGUAGAAUGCAGCAUAAAAGGAGGGAAUUUUGGGCUUACUGUUGGAAUAAUUUUUUCAAUUUUUAUUUUGGUUUUUGGAGUUUUAUUUGUGAGAGCUUGCUUAGAAACCAUGCUAAGUGUAGAUGUCAUUAGGCAGUCAUUUGAAAAAGGUGGUGGAGCUGUAAAAAAUAUGCAUCAAGAUUUAGAAGCUGAAGAAAGUUUAUUGCAAAAUGAAAAAGAAAGCGAUGAAAAUGAAGAGGAAGAAGGCUCAGAAAAAGGAGAAGAAGAGAGCAAUGAAGAAGAGGAAGAGGAAAGUGAAAAUGAGACAGAAAAGAGUGAGGACGAGUUUUAA